CACUGCUUCUCCAUUAAUUUAUGGGAUUAGAUACCCCACCAUUAGAGGAACAAACGUUUAUCUCAGAGCCUGAUGAGAUCUACAUUUUAGAUGUUCGAUCCCCCCUUUCCCCACCUUAAAAAGGAGGAGGAAAUAAAUGGGGAAAAGAAAUUAAAAAAAAAACCUCAAACCCAAUCACACCCAGUUGAUUGUCACCCUCACAUCUCUCUAUCUAUCUCUCUCUCUCUCUCCAAGCUCAACUUUCUCCCCCUAAUUCAAUUGCCCCUCUCUACUGCCACUGCAUUUUCUCAGCCCCUCAACUUCUCAGAGACCAACACCCAAUCCUCAUACUCUCAAAAGCUACCUCCUCGAGCUGAUAAUUGGAAAGGAUCCAACACCAAAUUCUCUGGAGUUUUGAAGGCCUCAGUGGCAUUGCACUCCUGUCUCGCUCAAAAUGGGGAAACACUCCUGCUGCUACAAGCAGAAGCUAAGGAAAGGCCUCUGGUCCCCAGAGGAGGAUGAGAAGCUCCUCAAGCACAUCACUAAAUAUGGCCAUGGGUGUUGGAGCUCUGUGCCCAAGCUAGCAGGUCUUCAAAGGUGUGGAAAGAGCUGCAGGUUGAGGUGGAUAAAUUAUCUGAGGCCUGAUCUCAAGAGAGGCUCAUUUUCACAGCAGGAGGAGAACCUCAUCGUCGAGCUCCAUGCGGUCCUGGGCAACAGGUACCAACCAGUCCUUGAGCUCAUCAAACCUCAAUUACCAACAUUGCAUCCCUCAGAAUUCAAUCUAUGUGAGCUGAUAUAUCUUAAUUUCCUCCCCUUCAGAUGGUCUCAAAUUGCAGCUCAAUUGCCCGGGAGGACCGACAACGAGAUUAAGAACCUGUGGAACUCCUGCAUCAAGAAGAAGCUAAGGCAGAGAGGCAUUGAUCCCAACACCCACAAACCGCUUUCUGAGACCGGAGGAGGAGAAGAUGAGGCCCUCACAAUCAGUGACAAGACUUCCGGAUCCAGCAAGCUGAAGCUUCUUGCCCCCACCUCAGGGAAUUCAAACUCGACAGUUCCCGAGCCAGCUCCUCCAUUGAUGCCGAAGAAUUUGGCAGCACCCACCAAAGAUUUCUUUCUAGACCGGUUCGCCGCAACCCAUGAGAGCUCCAAUUCAAUGGACUACUUUCCCCUUCGGAAUUCAGCUUACAGCCCCAACCUAUCAUCCAUGCACCAAAAUCUGCCUCUCUGGUUUAACCAGAACUUGAGGCUGUUCAACACGAAUACGGAGUUAAAUUGCAACAUGAUAUCUAGUGCUGUUCCAUCAGGCUCAAACUCGGUUGUCCCGAACUCCAUGGAUUUGAAGCCCACGGUUAGUAUUGCAGAGGAGUAUCUCCCACGUUUCCAGUAUUUGGAGGCCGGUAACUCUAGCAACAAUAGUGCAAGCAGCGGGAACGCCAGCAGUGGGACAGACUUGCAGAGCAACAAUUCUCUCUUCGACAGCAGCAUCUUCCAAUGGCCGGACUUGGUGCUCAACAAAGAAGAUCAAAUCCAGCUCGGAGGGGAACCGGAGGACCUCAAAUGGUCUGAGUACCUUAACGGCGCCAUCUCUCCGUCCACCGAUUUACAGAACCAAAGUCAACUAUUUAAUGGAGCUGUCAAAGAAGAGAACCAGUUUUUGGUUGAUGGGUUCAGCUCAUGGCUGCAACCUCCUGAAUUAUUUGGUAAGGAUUUCCAGAAGAUUUCCACAGCUUUCAAACAAAUUUAAAUUAUCGAUACGCAUAUAUGCUAGUCCUUGUGGAGCCUCUGAUUCAUAGAAUGGGAGGGGAGACAUACAGAAGCACUCCUUUUUCACAAGAGUUGUCUACUUAGAAAGGCUUGAAAUAAGAAGGAACGGCUUCUUCUAAUGGUUUACAGUGUGCACCAUAGAAUUCUUCUCAUGUAAAUAGGCCCUUGUGAUACAAAAACGUUAGCCCUUAUUGAUCUUUGGAUGGUAAGCACUGAAUAAAGCUUGUUUCGGUGAAUGUUUUUAAUUUUUUA